ACAUUUGUGUCUACCUUAUAGGGAAAGAGGAUGUUAUGAUGACAGCAGGAAGAAGGCGAAGGGAUUACAUGAAUGUAUGAUCGAUCCAUAUGGAACAGAGGAGUGCAGUACAUGUGACCAGACCAGGCUGGCCUUCUCACAGUCAGCAGAAACUGGAGGUACAGAUGCUUCUAAUCUGCCAAAGUAGAGAAAAAUGGAAAGAAAACAUCAAGUCGGUAGGAAGAAUGGCAGCUGGAAUUGUCUUCUUCUUCUCCUGAUCCUACUCAUCUUUACUGUGGUGUGCAUCAACCUAGUGCUCUAUGUUUACCUAGAGCAUGCCUAUGUGUCCACCGGAUUCAGUCAUGGGGAUCCCAACGUCUGUCCCCAAGGCUACUUCAAGAUUGGAGCAAUGAAGAACUGCUCUGCUUGGUUGACCUGUGAGGGCCUCGACAGGGAGGUCCGCAAGUUAAAACUUGUCGGAGAAGGAGCAGUAAAAAAGGUAUACCUGUCUGAGUGGAAAGAAAUGAAGGUGGCUCUGUCUCACCUAACAGUUUCGUCUCUGCAAGCUGAUUUUCUUCAUGGUUUACGAAUGCUAAAGUCCCUACAGAGCAGACAUGUAGUUACACUUGUGGGUUAUUGUGAGGAUAAUAAGAGUAUAUUAACAGAGUACCAUCCAUUGGGCUCCCUGAAAAAUCUGGAUGCUACCUUUAACCUCCCGAAGUACCAGUACCUAAAUACCUGGCAAAAUCGUCUGGAGCUUGCCAUAGACUAUGUGAGUAUAAUCGGUUACCUUCACAGCAGUCCUCUUGGUGUACUGGUCAUGUGUGAUUCCAAUGACUUGGACAAGGUGCUCUCUCAGUAUCUGCUAACAAGUGACUUUCGCCUGGUGGCAAAUGAUUUGGAUGCCUUACCUUUAGUAGAUAGAGAGAAAGGAAGGUUGGUUAAGUGUGGCCCGAGAGAAAUUACUGGGGAUUUUGUUGCUCCUGAACAGCUAUGGCCUUAUGGGCCAGAAGUUGAGUUCCGCGAUGACCUCAUGCCACCAUAUGAUGAGAAGACGGACAUCUGGAAGAUUCCAGCAGUGACUGAUUAUCUCUUAGGUCACGUAGAGGGAAGUGACAUUGUCCGCUUUCAUCUGUUUGACAUUCACACAGAAUGUAAGAAGGAGAACCCAGCUAUGAGGCCUUCUGCUCAGACCAUACUGGACACCUAUAGGAGAGUCCUGGCUUUGCUUCUGAAGGAGUUGUCCAAUUCAAAAGAAAUGUUGUAAAAAAAAAAAAAAAAACUUUGCUGUUACACUGGACUUAUUUAAAGUGGAACUAAACCUAUCAUUUUCAAAUAUGCUGUCACCUUUUGCUUGUGCUCUCAGCCAAACUGUCAAACCGUCCAAUGGCUGGUGCCAUAACUGAUCACAUGCGCAGCAUCAU